AUGCCUUUAAAAGAGGAUCCUAAAAAUUUGGGAAAAUCUAAAGAGUUUGCGUUGAAGAAAUUAAAUCUGAUGUGGAAACGUUUAAUUAAGGAGCCAAAUUAUUUAUCUUUAUAUAAAGAUUUCCUUCAUGAAUAUUUAGAGAUGGGACACAUGUCAGAAAUUUCGGAUGAUGAGGAGGAAGAAGCCACUUACUACAUUCCCCAUUUAGGAAUUUACCGCCCUGAUAGGCAAUCAACUGUCCUAAGAGUUGUUUUUAAUGCGAGUUAUCCUACUUCAGCUGGUAAUUCCUUAAAUUCUUUGCAAUUAAAUGAAGGCAUAGUUCAGAGUGAUUUAUUUUCCAUCAUGACAAGACUCCGUAAAUAUGUCUAUGCCUUCACAGCAGACAUAAAGAAAAUGUACCGAAUGAUCUUAAUUCAUCAAAGACAAAGAAAAUUGCAGCCUAUUCUUUGGAAAGAAAAAGAGAAAGGACCUGUCAAAACCUACGAGUUGAAUACCGUCACUUACGGUACAGUGUGUGCACCAUUUCUAGCAACUAGUACGUUAAAGCAAAUAGCUAUUGAUGACGGAGAAAAGUAUCCUCUUGCUGCUCCAGUCAUUGAAAAUGAUUUCUACAUCGAUGAUGUGUUGACCGGCUCUGAUAAUUUAGCAACUUCAAAAGAACUUAAAACUUAUCAAUUAAUUGGUAUCUUAGGAAAUGCUGGCAUGCAACUCCACAAAUGGCAUAGCAACUGCGCAGCGUUACAUUCUGAUGGUGAAGAAAUAUAUAAUUUUACUAACUGUGAUGGAACUCAAGUGCUAGGAGUUUCCUGGAGACCGAAGAAAGAUAGUCUUUAUUUUAAAGUUACCUGUAGUGCAUCACAAAGAAAAGACUCGAAAGUCACGAAGCGCUGUGUCUUAUCCACAAUUGCACGCCUUUUCGACCCCCUUGGAUUGCUUGGACCAGUAGUGUCAAAAGCAAAGAUAUUUUUGCAACAGCUAUGGUUUUUAAAACUGGACUGGCAUGAAGAACUACCUGAGAAACAAAUCCAAGAGUGGAAGAAGUUUGUCGAAGCUUUAAAGAGUGUUAACAACAUGGAAUUUGAUAGAUGUAUACUUACAGAGGGAGCUGACAUGAUUGAAAUUCAUGGAUUCGCCGACGCGUCAGAGGUUGUUUACGGUGCUGUUGUUUACUGUAAGUGUGUUAAAAAUGGUCAAGCAGCGACUAUCAAAUUGAUUGCUAGCAAAAGUCGUGUAUCACCUUUGAAAAGAGUAACCAUCCCAAGACUAGAACUCUGUGCCUCACUGCUUCUAGCCAAAUUAGUGAAAAAAGUGAUACUAGCUCUCGAAUUGCCUAUAUCCAACAUCUACUUAUGGAGUGAUAGCAUGAUUGUGCUUUCUUGGAUACGUAAGGAGUCAUUUCUACUUAAGACUUUCGUUGCCAAUCGUGUAUCCCAGAUUCAAGACUUAACUAACAUUGACAGUUGGAGAUAUGUACCAUCAACUGAGAACCCUGCAGACAUUAUCUCCAGAGGUCUCGAUCCUGAUAAACUUUCACAAUGUAGAUUGUGGUUUGAAGGACCAAAUUUCUUGUGUAACAGUGAAUAUCCAAAUAGAGACAUUCCAUCCAGAGUUAUUGAAGAUGAAUUUUCUAAUGAAUUUAAACCAUCUAGUGACUUCAAUUGUUUUAUUAGUGAUAAUAAUGAACUUAAAAGAGCUGAACUAAAAUUGGUAAGUUUAGUGCAGAAACGGGAGUUCAGCAAGGAAAUCAGAGAUUUAGAAAUUACAGGUGAAGUUUCAAAGCAGAGUAAGGUAAGAAAUUUAUGUCCUUUCAUUGAUGAAGAAGGUCUCUUAAGAGUAGGUGGACGUUUGUCCAAUACAAUUCAUUUGGAGCUUGUGACAGAGUUGAGCUCUCAAGCUUUUAUAGCUACAUUAAAGAGAUUUUUUUCGCGUAGAGGAAAAAGCAGUACUCUGUACUCAGAUAAUGCGACUAAUUUCGUUGGGAGUAAUAAUGAGUUACAGCAAUUACUUAGCUUAGUUAAAAAUCCUGAUAAGAGUUUAUGUAAUUAUAUGAGUCAUGAAAAUAUCAAAUGGAAAUUUUUGCCACCUAGGAGUCCGAAUUUUGGAGGGCUCUGGGAAGCUGCAGUGAGAUCCCUCAAAUAUCAUCUGAAAAGAGUAGUGGGUUAUAAGAAAUUAACUUAUGAAGAUUUUUUGACUGUAACUACUCAAAUUGAGUCAGUUUUAAACUCAAGACCGCUUACCCCGUUAUCUUCAGAUGCCAAUGAUUUGAGCGUUCUCACUCCAGUCCAUUCCCUGAUCGGAAGACCGUUCACAUCAAUUGUUGAACCUGAUGUAACCAAUGUAUCUGAUAAUAUGUUGAGUUUAUGGCACAAAACCACUAAAUUCGAGCAAUUUAUAUGGAAAAAGUGGCACAAAGAUUAUUUGUCAACUUUUCAACAAAGGUCGAAAUG